AUGGGCAUAAAAAUUAUCUUUUGCAUUCUUUUCAUGAUCUCAUUGAGUCACUCCGUUUUAUCGAAGGCUGAUGAUAAGAAACCAUCCGGUCUCACUCUUAAACUCAUUCACAGAGACUCCAUCGAAUCAAACAACCUUACCAGCAUUGAAAAAUUCCGAAAAAUCAUUCAUCGCUCAAACCUGCGAGCGAAUCAUUUGAUGAGUUAUUCAACAGAUUCUGCAUCUGAACCCACAUAUCACCAACCUUCAUUAUAUUUGGAAUCAGCGAAUUACGUAGUGGAACUUAAUAUUGGUACACCUGCACUGUCGGACCGCGAUCAAUACUUGAUUUUAGAUACCGCUGCCGAACUUACUUGGCUCCAGUGCGAUGGUUGCAUCGACUGCUUCAAACAGAAGCUGCGUCUCUAUAAUCCUCGUGACUCUUCUACACACAAAUUUCUUCCUUGUAACCACCCACUAUGUAAACCUUAUGAAUGUAAUCAAAAUCAUUGCAAAUUCAAAGAAUGGGAUAGUCCAGAUGUGCAUGUUGAAGGAUUUAUGUCGACAGAUUGUUUUGUUUUCGAAGGUGUACCUGUGGGAGGUAAAUAUACGGUCCUAGACGACGUUGUGUUUGGUUGUGCAUAUGGAACCGUCGGAUUUGGCAUCGAAGAUGAUCCCCGUAACAAUAUCAGUGGUGUAUUCGGUUUAGGCCCGGGUCCUCGUUCGUUUAGUUCUCAGUUUUCUCCUCAGCAACGUUUUGCCUAUUGUUUAGCAGAUUGGCAUUUUGGACCCCCUGACUAUCCAGGUAAAUUGAUGUUCGGGGAUGACGCGCUACUCCCUAUCAGUGGCCAUGUUCAAGUAACUCCGAUUGUGGAGACAGAUGCCAGAAGCUAUUUCUUGAAGUUGGCCGAUAUUCAAAUAUAUAAAAAAUGUUUAGGUUUUGAACAGGGUAAAUUCGACCGUGCAAUUAAUGGGCUUGGUGGCUUUAUUAUAGAUUCUGGAACGUCGAUUAGUUACUUCGCCAAUGAUGUCUAUGAUCGUGUUAGACAAGAAUUUGUUGAUUAUAUGAAAACUCUUGGCUUGCCAGAGAUGGACGCAUCAUCACACCACUUGGAUUUGUGUUGGCAUAUGCCAAAUGGUAUACCAGCAAACCUCCCAUCCAUGGUAUUAUAUUUACAAGAUAACGAGUAUCCUGAAGAACCAGCUGAUUGCGAAAAUCAAGUAGGAGCUCAGCUUAUAAUCGAUCCAAUGGGUCUUUUUCAUAUCGAAGAGAAGGAAGAUCCUCAUUUAUGUCUUGGGAUUAUGCGUAGUAAUGGUACAGAUCCUACAUUAAACAUUUUGGGAGCUAAGCAACAAAUUGAUAACAAGUUCUCUUUCGAUAGGAAGAAUAAGACACUCUCGUGGAUGACAUGGGAUUGUGCAUCACCACUCAAUUAA